AAACUAUAAAAUUGAAAAGGUAGACCCAAAUGAUUAAAUCGGCAUUAUCGAACGUAUAACUUGUACCGAAUUGUACCAAGUUAUAGCAGCGUUGAACCAUUCAAAACGUUUUGAUAAUAAUUCUAGUAUCCUUUCGUUUAUUGAUCUAACGAACGAUUGAUAGUACUAAAUUUCUUUAUUUCGGAAAUUUAAAUCCCACCGACCAAUAAAAGAAAUGCGCUUGCGCGCACACCUUUAAAUAACAGCCUGCACCCAGCUGUCCCCCAUUUCGUACGGAUCUUCACGUACAAUAGGGUCGACCAGACCCUUUGAUGCUUUUACAAAAUGUAUAGAUGUGUAUAGACGUUCCCUCACAUAUAUAGCGUUUCGAGACAAUGCCGCAGGACAUUUAGUCGUUACGAAAUACAAAAACUCUGUAUCAUCGAUAAUGAAGGAGUACUUACAUGCACGUGCAAUCUCUCACAUUUUUCUCGCAUUAGAAAUAAUGUGUAUAAGAUACGUACACAGUAACAUGUUUAACAUUUCACUAAUGUCAAACAUCUUCGCACUUCGAUCAUUUUGUAGUAAUACAUGCACACAAGAUAUGCAUAUGUUUCGUAUACGGGUGCUGCUUAUGUAAAUUAACGGUCGUAUACGAGCUUUCUUUCGUUCGACACCGUUAAUACAACCUCACUUUCCGCGAGUCAUCGAAGUUGUUUCCCCGCGAUCGGUAAAAGUGCAUUUCCAAAUGAUCGAUUCUGUGACACGAUUGCAGGUAUCAAACAAUUUUAUGCGGAAUGCACUAUUGCUGCGUUCGAAAAUAUCUACAUUGGACAGAACCCAUUACCAAUGAAAUUCCGAUGAGUGAAAUCAUCACUCUGAGAAAUAAUCUUCCAAAGAGAAGACCGAGCGAAGAAUAUGCCAAGCUGUGUGCAACUUUUACUCGAGUGAUUUAAAUCGCUUAAAGUGUAAUUUAAAUAGCCGAUAUGUGUAUUAUAGAUAAAAAUGUAAGGUAUGUAAAGCUCAAUGUCAGCAUCUAAAUGAAAUAUCCGUACUAAUAUUUUAAAUAAAUUUUCAUAGAUAACUACUCUAAUAGAUAGCAAUAGUAUGUAUUUCCUAUCUACUGAUGCAAAAUGAUUGACCUUCGAACGAUUAAAAUGCGAAUUGCACGAAACGGAUCCAAUCGAAGAUUAAAGUCGUAAUAGAACACGGGUUAAGUGAAUCAUUCACAUACACGUAUACAGGGGACACUCAUCACUGGAAGUAUUUUACGCAGAUGUGCGGAGCGGCGCGUGCCCCAGGAUCCAGUGGUGGUGGAAAUGCCUCUUUGGCCAGCUUUUACAGGGGAGCGCCUGACCCCCGCGUGUACACGUACACACACGAGCGAGAUAGGGAACCGGGAGUCACACCUGGCCCUUAAAAAUAGCAUUGGCGUGAUUUUGUGACGUCGUUCGUGGCGUGCGCGCUGUAUAAUGUAAAAAUGCAUAUGAUAAGUGGGACCGUCAAAGUGUUAAUUUUUAAUUUUAUUAUCUUAGCUUCACUUCAAUUUGUUUCUCCAACUUUAUCUUCUGCUCUUUUCAUUCGUAUUAUUAAUAAUACUUUUAUUACUGUAUUGUUGCAUUUGUUGCCUUGCUACUUUUCUGAAUUACAACUUGAUAUAAAAUAAUACGAUUAACAAGAAUCCUCCAAUGGUUUUAAAAACCAAUCGAACGUAGUUCCUGUUCACGCCAUUGCAUCCCCGCCGAGUAGAAUGCACCUAGUUACGCUUUGGCGGUUACAGAAGGGUCACAUAUGCCGUGGUACACGGGGGUACACGUACUGGAUAAAGGUAUGCAACCCCGUGGACGCGACAAAAGAGAAGGGGAGGAGCUGUAUUUUUAUACGGGUUGGCUUUCGAGCUCGAGGCGGGGAGAGUAGCGCGACUUACGGGAGGAAGUCGGAAGCGGCACUAUUCGAGUCAGUCGUUCGCGAAGCACCAAUACGUUUGGAUCGAUUACCUUGUUUCCAAUUGAUUAUAGAUUUUCUCCAUUAAAGAACAGGUCAACGUAGAAACAUUGAAUUCGGAAAGUUAUUGGAAAUCGAUCAUCAAACGGUUCAGUGAUGAUCCUAUCAAGCGUUUAAAUUGAAGUCAUUUGUUUAAAAGUGCAUUCCUGUAUAACUUAAUUUUAUCGUUAGUGCGAAGGAAUGUUUUCGGCGCAAACGUGAAAAACGAUCGGAUUCUCCAUGGGGGUUGUUACGGACACCAUAAGGUCCUCCUGGCACGCGACCUGUGGGAGGGUCGUUUCGCUCUGUUGAAUCGUGAAACUACCCUACCGUGCGAUCGCGUUAUUCCGCUGCUCAUCCUCGUCGUUGCCACGGGAGCUUCAAAGUGAACUUUUCAAAACUCUCUAAUCUUCGCUCUAACGACGUCGAUUGUACAAAGAAUUAAACUUCGAUCAACGUAAAAGUCGGUCGUGGAAAACUGAUAAAAAAUGAGCGCGUUCAAGAGACAUCAAAGCAAAGUGUUCUGGAAUCAUAUGGCUACGCAGGAUCUAGAAAGUGUAGAUCCUUUUGUCGCGAGAAACGAUUUCACCAGGUCUAAGCAGAAUCAUGGACCCAUCCACGAUAUACCCGAAGAGGAAGCGGAAGAACGAUCGUCCAGCAUCAACGAAAGCGACACGUUCGAAACCGCGAACGUAACGGCGAUUCGGGUUUGCCCGAACGGGAAUGAAAAUUCACAGGACCUCUAUCAUGCGACAACGAUUCACGAGGGAAACGAUCUGAUGACUCAGACGGUAACUAUGGACAUAAAGGACGAAGACAAAGAAGACGAGGAAAAUGUAGCUGUUCCGAUAAAUCGAUCUUGCAGUCCUUUGAGUCAGGAUCUGAGAAGCCUGGAUUCUGGCUUCUCCGAUUCCGAACGAUCGAACUGCUCCGAAUUAUACGAGAACGAAACACCGCGACGCCGUAGAAGGCGGAAACGAGUGAGAGAUCGAAAACAUGAAACACAUUCGCGAGCCGGUGCCACUUGGCUGGAACACGAGACUCUUCCGGAUCCUACGUACACUUCGACGCCCAAGGAUUCCCGAAUUUUACCUCGGAAUACAAUGGUCCUUAAUGCGUAUACAGCACGAAACGUGCCGAGAAUGCAAAGAACGGAGGAGGAUCAAGUAGAUGCUUCAGCAAUCCCAACGUCCAUCUCGUUGGAUGACGAAUGUCUUGGCGAUUUCCUGUACGCGGCCGAACCACCAGAGGAUGCCGCGGAACCGAGAAGCGGGAACUCUUCGAUAACGACGAACUCUUACGAGGCCGAGUCAACGUUCAAGUCCCUCCAACAUUGCAGGACCUACAGACAAUCGUCUUCGGUUAGAGCGUGGCUAAGCAAUCUCGCGAUGGAAACCGAAACCGAGUGUAAUAAUACUCUCCAAAGUAAAGCUCUGCCACGACGGAAACAUCGUGAGUUAUUGAGCGAAAAGGAUGAAAUGAAUGACCUGAAGACUCUGUCCUCUUUAGCUACCGCAGCCGCGAAUAAACUGUUGAUAAGGGCAGAGCAAUUCGACAAACAUUAUGAAUAUAUUUUUGACAAAGUGUCGAAUUUAGAAAGAGGUAGAUCGGAGAAAGAACUUUUACGUGCCAUCGAGGACGAUGCAUUUUCCGUCCUUUCAGAGUUGGGUGCACCGCCUCCUCGUAGAAUACAACAGACCAGCUUGAAAGGAAUACUGUCGCAGCUGGAAAGCAUCAAGAAUUACGUAGACAGCGCUGUGGAUACUCGUUUAGAUUUUUAUAUCGAGAAAAUAGUCAGAGGUUUGGAAGAAUCGCCAAAGGACGAGACCACGGUAGCUAGAGGUUCCUUAGCAGCUCUGACUGCUCUAGGUUUAGCAGGACCUCGGGCAGGAAGUAGCAUCACCAGGUGUUCAGGUAUCAGGGCGCUUCUGACGUCUCUCCUCACCGCUGGAAGGACGUCGAUUGACUUCGUUACAGCUUCUUUGCGCGCUUUGGCAAGCGUGUGUUCUUCUGCCACGGCGAUUCAUCAGUUCGUUAAAGACGGAGGUCCAGAGAUACUGACGGAUCUGCUAAUCGCAGAGAAAAUGUCUGAGAAAGAAAAAAUGGAAGCAACCGCGUUAGUCGUACAAAUAACUGCGCCAUGGGUCAAUGCUUUAGGUCUACCUUACUUGGAACCUUUUGCAAAAGACUUAAUUCCUUCCUUGAAUCGUCUAGUCGAGAGUACUAAUUGCGGGCAAACAUUGUUACUGGUCGCAGCUGCGUUCAAUCAUCUGUCCAAGUCCAGGAAGUGCGCCUUCGUAAUAUUGGAACACGGAACUGUAAAGAAAUUAUUGAAAACCGUGAAAAAGUCGACUGGAAAAAACGUUUGGUUGAUGGAACAAGUGGCAGCUCUUAUCAGUGAACUGGCGCGCAUCCCUGAGGCUCGGCCACACCUGGCGGAAGCUCGAGCCUCUAUCGCGUUGGUUUCCUUUCUCAGAAUGAGACCUCCGGGCUUAGAAGACGCUUACAGACGUUUAGAAAUUACUGCCGCGGCGGCGCUCACAAGACUGUGCGUAGAUCCAGAGAUUGCGAGGCAAGUAGUUGCCGUUGGAGGCGCGGAUUGCCUUCCUUCGUGCAGAAUUGAUGAUCUUCUCACGGAAGAUGAAGAUCAAAUUGAGGCGGGACUGCUAAAAUAUACGAAAUCAUUGCGGAAAGCGUGUAGAAGAGCAGCAAAACAAAUUGAUAUUGCAAAGGCUAGCGAUUAUAGUACCUUAAGUUGAAGAUGUACUGACAAGAAGUUCUACAAUGUAUAAUUUUUAAUAUUAAUUAUUUACUUAUAAAUAGUAUGUAUCGCAAUAAACUAAUAUGAUAUAAAAUUA